AUGCCUCCAGUAGCACGCUACUGCCGCUCUGCAACGAUUGAUCUACGAAAAGCCGGUGCAAUGGAUUCGUUGAAAGGCGGUUUGAAAGGCGCGACGGCAGUGGCAGCAGCGGCGGAGAGGAGAGGGUCGCUGAGGCAACGCAAGGUGGCAGCAGAUGUGGUGGCGGUGAUGCUGGAUGAAGGCACGCGGAAACGGGCAGCGGCAGCGCGACUAGAGGCUCUAGAGAGUGAUUAUACCGGGGUGGAUGCUGCUGUGGAUGAGGAUGAUGACGUGUUCAAUGCAGAGGAGGAGCUCGUGCAAGAAGGCUUUGCACCGGCCAAGCGAGUGAGCCGCCCGGGCAAGAGGCGAACGAGGCAGGCUGCUGCUGCUGUGGUGAGCAGAGCGAGCAAGCGAACGCCCAAGACCUUUGCAGAGCUGCUAGAGGAGGCGAAUCUGGAAGCCCUGCCACCAGGCACCCCCUCCUACCUCACAGCAGCUGUCGGUGCCCCCACAGCCACCUCAGUGCGUCGCUUCUGCUCUGCGUGUGGCAGCCACUCACCCUACACAUGCACACGGUGUGCCGCCCGCUUCUGCUGCAUCAGCUGCCAGCGGCUGCACAACGAAACCCGCUGCUUGAAGUUUGUCAUGUGA